AUGGAUUCUUCUUCAUCUUCCAAGACCAAAGCUUUAGACCUUCCUCUUCACAUCAUAGGUUUCGAGCUCGAUGAAUUAUCUCCAACACGUGUUACAGGUCGUCUUCCUCCUUUCAAGGUCUUACAUGGUGGUAUAUCUGCUUUGAUCGCUGAAGCAUUAGCGAGUAUUGGAGCUCACAUAGCUUCUGGUUUCAAAAGAAUAGCUGGAAUUCAACUCUCUAUUAACCAUUUGAAAAGUGCAGAUCUUGGAGAUCUUGUUUUUGCUGAAGCAACUCCUGUAACUAAAGGCAAAACUAUUCAGGUUUGGGAAGUUAAGUUUUGGAAAACAAGACAAGGGUCAGAGUCAGGAGAGAACAAAACCUUAAUAGCUUCCUCUAGAGUCACAAUUUUAUGUAAUCUUCCUGUUCCUGAUCAUGCUAAAGAUGCAUCAAAUCUGCUCAAAUUGGUGUCAAAGCUGUAA